AUGGCAUCACUGUGUUUAAACUCAUUUCCAGUUCCACCAUCUUCUCUUCCUCGCAAGCCAACAGAAACUUAUCUUUCUUCUUCUUCUUAUCCUUCUUUGCUUCUUGAUAACAACAACAAUCACAGUGCCUUGAAACCCAUUGUUGUCAGUGGAGAUCCCCCAACUUUUGUUUCUGCUCCUGAUCGCAGAAUUCUUGCUGUUGGAGAUCUACAUGGAGAUCUUAAGCAAACUAGGUCUGCUCUUGAAAUGGCUGGUGUAUUGAGCUCUGAUGGUCAAGACUUGUGGACUGGUGGAGAAACUGUGUUGGUUCAACUUGGGGAUAUACUAGAUCGAGGUGAAGAUGAAAUUGCCAUCUUAUCCUUGCUGCGAUCGUUGGAUAAACAGGCAAAAGCAAAAGGUGGAGCUGUGUUUCAGGUAAAUGGAAAUCAUGAGACCAUGAAUGUGGAAGGGGAUUUCAGAUAUGUUAAUUCUGGAGGAUUUGAUGAGUGUAUUGAUUUCUUAGAAUAUAUCAAUGGUUCUGAAGAUGACUGGGAGGACACUUUUACUUCUUGGGUUGAUGUCUCUGAAAGGUGGAAAGAAGAUCGAGCAACUUCAAAAAGUUAUUGGGGACCAUGGAGCUUAUUGAAGAGGCAAAAGGGAGUCAUAGCCAGAUCAGUCCUCUUUAGGCCUGGUGGGCUUCUUGCACGUGAGCUUGCAAGGCAUGCUGUUGUACUUAAGGUCAAUGACUGGGUCUUCUGUCAUGGUGGACUGCUCCCUCACCAUGUUGCAUAUGGCAUAGAGAGGAUGAAUAAAGAAGUGUCUGAGUGGAUGAAAGGUCAGCAUGAGAAUGACAAUACUCUCAAAUUUCCUUUCAUUGCCACUAGGGGCUAUGACAGUGUUGUUUGGAAUCGUUUAUACUCAAGAGACGCACCAGAUUUAGUGGACUAUCAAACUAAUCAGGUAUGUUCCAUUCUUGACGAGACACUGCAAGCAGUUGGUGCUAAGUCAAUGGUGGUCGGGCAUACUCCUCAAACUACAGGUGUAAAUUGUAAAUACAAUUGUAGCAUAUGGCGCAUAGAUGUUGGAAUGUCCAGUGGAGUUCUUAAUUCAAGACCAGAGGUUCUAGAAAUUAUAGACAACCAAGCAAGAAUUAUAAGGUGCAAAAGGGACGCACACAGUGAACUUCAAGCUGCUGCAUAUACUUAA